AUGGCGCCGCAAAGUGAAUGGUUGUUAAAUGAUAAGGCUAUUAACGAUUAUUUUUUGCUGCUACAGCAAGAAUAUCCGAGUGUACAUGCCCUUCCUACCUUUUUUUAUCAGCGGUAUACAAGAACUAAAGAUUCAAAAGAGAAUUACGAUGCCAUAAAGCGUUGGACAAAAAAAGUAAACAUUUUCUCCAAAAGUAAAGUCUUUUUUCCUAUCAACAUUGUAGAAGGCGAUUUUUCUCACUGGGUAUUAGUGGUGGCAGACAUGGUGAACAAAGAACUCGUUUAUUACGACAGCCUUAAGAAAUGUUACUUUUAUGAAUGUCAUCUUAAGAUAAUGGAAUACUUAGUGUUCGAACAUAAUGAAAAACUGAGUAAAUCCUUCCCGUUAGAUGACUGGAAGCAGUUUAAAGGUAGUAACCCCGUCCAGAAUAAUAGUAUUGACUGCGGGGUGUUCGUUUGCACUAUUGCCGAGUAUUUAUCUAGAGAUGCAGCGUUCAACUUCACUCAGCAGAAUAUGCUAGCAUUUAGAAAAUUGAUAGCUUAUGAACUAACGACCCAUAAACUCGUUAAAAUAGAUGUGCCCAGUAAUUCUAUUAAUGGGGAAAUACAUCGUAUAACUUGUCUUCAUUUAACUCAAAAAUACCCUAAUGUAACUUUUAAAUAG